GCGGUUUGGGGACGGACUUGAAGCAGGCUUUAAUGGCGAUUCGGUCACUGUUCGCCGCUACUCGGCGACUGAUAUCUUCUGUUGCUUCGCCUACUCAUGCCGUGAACAAACCGUUGAGGGAAGCUACCACCAAAGAAACGCUUUGGAGUACCAUUUUGAAGCUGAAAUCGCCGACGCAGAGGGCAACCACGGUGUUACAAAAUUGGAUCGAAUCGGGCAACAAGGUUACCGUUACCGAACUUCGGCGCGUCUUAAGACAGCUGAAGAUAUCUCGGCGUUACCACCAUGCUCUUGAGAUCUUGACAUGGAAGGAAGCUCAGACAGAUUUCAAGAUGACAGCAGAUGACCAAGCCAUGAAAUUGGAGUUACUCAUCCAGGUCCGUGGUUUAAAGGCGGCUGAAGAGUAUUUCAAUCAUAUGUCCAGCAACACUGCUUUGCCGAAAAAGGCCUUUGCGCCAUUUCCCCUCCUUCUUAGUGGUUAUGUUAAAGAAAGGAAUGUUGAGAAAGCUGAGGCUCUUAUGAGUAAAUUGAAUGCCUUGGGACUGAUUCUUGAACCCCAUCCCUUCAAUGAAAUGAUGAAGCUUUAUGUGGCAACCUCUCAGUACGAGAAAGUGCCCCUAGUUAUAAUGCUUAUGAAGAAAAACAAAAUAUGCAGAAAUGUUCUUUCAUACAACCUUUGGAUGGAAGCAUGUGCUAAGUUCUCUGGGAUUGAAAAGGUAGAGAUGGUCUACAAAGAAAUGCUGGGUGAUAAGUAUGUGAAAGUGGGAUGGAGCACACUAGCUACUUUAGCUAAUAUUUAUACAAAGGCAGGUCUUGUUGAGAAAGCAGUUAUGGCCUUAAAAAAUGCGGAAAAGAAGCUAUCUACUAGCAAACGCCUGGGUUAUUUCUUUCUUAUUACGCUGUAUGCAUCUUUGAACAAGAAGGAUGAAGUUCUUCGGCUUUGGGAGGCUAGUAAACUGGCAGAUGGGAGAAUCACGUGUACCAAUUAUUUGUGUAUAUUGUCAUGCUUGGUGAAACUAGGUGAUCUUGCAGAAGCCGAGAGGAUAUUUAAGAAAUGGGAGUCCAAAUGUCAGAAUUAUGAUAUCCGAGUCUCCAACGUCCUUUUAGGUGCAUACAUGCGGAAUGGAUUGGUAGAGAAAGCUGAGCUUCUGCAUCUCCAUACAUUGGAGAGAGGCGGGCAUCCAAACUUUAAAACAUGGGAAAUUCUGACAGAGGGAUGGCUGAGAAGCCAAAACAUGGUAAAGGCCAUUGAUGCCAUGAAGAAAGGGUUAGCUGUGCUAAAAAACUGUAAGUGGAACCCAUCACAUAGUACUCUUAUGGCCUUUGUAGAAUUCUUUGAGAAGCAUGGCAGUUUUGAAGAAGCAAACCUUUACAUCAAAGAUAUCCAUCAACUUGGUCUUGGAAGUUUACCACUAUAUAAGUCAUUGCUUAGAAUACACCUUUCUUCUAAGAAACCAGCACAUGACAUCCUUGACAUGAUGGAGAAGGAUAAAAUUGAGGUAGAUGAUGAGACAUCUUCCCUCAUCCAAGCUCUCAGCAUACCAAGUCAAUCAAAUUUAUGAGGAAAAUUAAAAUGGAGAAGAUGACAAGGAAGAGAUUCAAUAGAAGUGGAAAGCAUUAUGGCUUAUGUUCCUCGUUCAAGGUUCCUUUCAUUAGGGAAGCUGGUUCUUGUCAUUUAGAGAAGAAAGUGAUCUUGGUAGAUAAUUCUAAUCUUGUUAUUUUUAAACAAAAGCAAAACGUAGGCUUGGUUAGCCACUGCAGAUGCUGCCAAUAGGGUGCCGUCGUAGAUGGUAUGUGAUCACUAACUGUAAGUAGGGAAUACUAACUGCUGCUAUGUAAUUACCAG